GGCCGUAUGGUGAUAUUAAGUUGAUUGUCGUCGUGUCACUGUCCACAGCAACGGCGGCGGCGCCGUCAAGGACCGCCACACGUGAGAUUUGAGCGGUGUGUCUGGAAUGUACGACUUGUCGCAUCCCGUCCCUUGGGAUGCGGUCCACGCGGGUCGGUUGUGCGACGUGGGCGGUGCAUUCAACCGGAACGUGCUUGACAUGGGUUGGCCGCGAAGCCCAGUUUUACGUGGAGGGCGUGAACGGUGCGCACGUAACCUGCUUGCCUUCUCAGGAAAACGAUUCUUUGGUUGCGAUUGAUGGUCAUGGUUCCUCGGUUUGUCCAAUGCAGUGUACAGAAGGCAUCCUGCAGUCGCGCCUUACUCAGGUAUCCUGCAAGGGAAGUUAAGAACCGGUAAGAAGAAGGGAAGAGAAAAAGACAAAAGGGAUCCAGACUUGUUCCGCGGACUGAGAUGGUGGAUUUCAACUGACCAUCUCUCCCUCUUCUCCAAACUUCCUCCUCAUUAUUCUCCAAGUUGUUGUUCGUGGCCUGAAUUUGACAAGCCGCCAUAUUCUCCAGUCGAAACAGCAACACCACUGCCUGGCUUCUCCCCACUUGAGCCUCUUCUUGUUCCAUCGGCAAAAUGGGGUCCUCAUACCGCACCGAAGACAACGGCAAGAUCUCUGACCUUCCUCAGUUGCACCGCUACAUUACCGGCCACAACGCCGAUGGAAAGGCGGUUGUCCACAGCCAGAACGAUUUCGAGUGGAAGUCCUACGCUGAAGGUGAACUCGCCUUCAGCGUUGCCUACACGACAUCGGAAUUUCCAGUCAACCUCAACAAAGACGCCGACGUGGCGGAGCACACGCGAGUGCUGGAGUCGGGAAACCUCGGGCUGGUCAACCCACGCGGGACGGUUUUUCGCUGCGUGGACUUUGCGCCUGGCUACGCAUGCGGAAUGCACCGAACGCAAAGCCUCGACUACGGCAUCGUGCUGGAGGGCGAGGUAGACAUGGUGCUCGACAGCGGGGAGGUGCACCCGAUGAAGCGGGGCGACGUUGCGAUUCAGCGGGCGACUCAACAUCAGUGGGUCAACAAGAGCAAGACUGAGUGGGCGCGCAUGAUGUUUGUCUUGCAGGAUUGUCAGCCACUGGUUGUCGGUGGUCAGGAGUACAAGGAGGACUUGGGCACCAACUCGGGCUUGCCGGCCAGUGGAAACUGAUUCUGGUUGUGAAGGGUGACCGACGAGGGGGAGAGUACCAUGUUGUUCAAAGCAGUAGUCUAGUUGGGACACUGGUUAUAAGAUGAGGUUCCAGUUUGUAUCGAGGAGAAAAUAAAAUGUCGCGAACGGGGACCCGAAUUCGU